CCGACACAGAUGGCGGGAAGCGCCGAAUGGCUGCACGCCGACAUUUGGCGAGAUGUUCCGAUCACCGAGGUCCCGGAGAUUCUGCGGCAGCUUUACACACCGGUCGCUGUCCUGACAGACGUUGUAGAGCGCAUAGCCAGCUUGACGGAACCCCAGAAGCGGCAAUGCCAGCUCAUGAAACCCAAGCUAGAUCGGUUCAUCGUUUCGCCAAGGGACAGGCCCGUUCCUGUAAGCAUAAACGAAAAGCUCGAUGGCAUGAAAUACGAACCGUUUCGACGCCUAGCCUCGGACAAGGUGCGUUGGUCUCCUCCAGACAUCUUCCACAUGUCUUGGUUCAAGCUGUCGAUCCGGAACGUCUUUUUUGGGCGCAGAACAUUCAAGGACGUUUUGGACGUUGUUGGAGCAAGGCAUGCUUUGAACAUCUUAACUAGCUGCGUGUUGUUUGAGCGUAUUGGGAGCGACCAGUAUGUUCAGUGGACCGGCCCUCCGGCCUCAAAGAAGACCCUGAUGCCCUUGAAAAGACCGCCAAUGGCUUCGAAACCGUCGGGAAGUACGUCUUGGUCUACAUUGGAGCUCCGUACACUGAAAAAGCUGAAGAAAUACAAGAAGCGGACGAAGAGCGUGAUCUCAUCCGUGACCGAAAAAGACUUUCGUGAGUUAACUAAGAUAGACAUUGCCAGGAUCGUGUACGGUGCAAGCUGUGCGAAGAGGCUUCGGUCUCAAUACAUGCUAGGGUCACCUGCAAACGCGCAGAAUGCUGCGGCUCUUCUGGAGAAAAUCUUCUGUAAAGAACCGUGGAAGUCAUUAACGAGCGAACUACAGUCGCUGAAGGCCGUGCUGAGGAAUCUGCUGAAGAAGUACAAGAUUUGUAAUAGCGACGAGCUUCUGAACGAGCAUUGCAAAGUGCUAAAGUGGGAUCCUUACAUACUGUCAAUGUGGGACCUAUGUGACCACUGGAAUGAUACGAAGAGUGUUGUAGCUUUCCUCUACGCCUUCAUGUUACGUGUCAUUCCGGACGACAUUCUGGGUACAAAAUGCAACUGGCGCCGCUUACUCAAGAACUUGUCUUCUGUCCCGACUUUCGUGAAACAUGACGUCGUAACCGUAGCGCACUUCACUCGUGGAAUCAAGCUGAACCACAUCCCGUGGCUGCGGAAGGUGCAAGAUCAUGCGCUCAGAGAUCAGCUGAUGCACAUCAUGGUGGCGUGGUGCGUCAACAUGAUGCUUUGUCUAAUCAGAACGUUCUUCUACGUGACGGACACGAGGAAGACUAAACGGAAACUGCUUUACUACAGGAGAUCGACGUGGAAUGACCUGAAUAACACCUGGGUUGCCCGAAACGAGAUGAUGGUUCGCGAAGAGAAACCGAAUCCAGUCUUUCUUGGAAAGGGCCGUCUGCUCCCAAAAGACUCUAAAGACGUGCGACUGGUGGUGAAGAUGAAGAGAGACGAGAAGACAGCUCUGCUGCGAACAGCCAAGGUGUUAAUUGCGAGCCUCAAGGACGAAGAAGUGGAAGACCUGUUUACUCGCUGGAAGAAAUAUGUCGUCGCCUGGAAGGAAGCAGGGAAGCCAAAGAUAUUCUUCGUCAAGGGAGACAUCGAGGAUUGUUUCGGUUCACUGAAUCACGACAUAAUACUUGACAUAACGAAACGGAUAUUUCGAAGACACUCGGUGUCGCAGCUUGUCUUGAACUGCAUGCGUCUGCAAGUCCUUAAUAAAAAGCGUCUCGUCAGGACUCCGGUUCAGAUCCUUGCUUGGAGGACUCUCACCAAGCCUCUGAAGGACACUCGUCGCCGUAGCCUGGCUGUAAAGAUUCUAGUGCCGUUACUGUCAAUCACACCGUCCGAAGGCAAAGUAACCGAAAUCGUGCGGGACUACCUGAAACAGUUCUACGUCCAGCUAUGCGGGGAAACGUAUAAAAUCAUAAGAGGUGUGCCACAAGGAUGUAUACUCUCUGCUGACAUCGCCGACGUUUAUCUUCAAGAGCUGCAGCGAGAAUGCCUCUCACCGUACGUUCGCAGACCAACAGAUAUGCUGCUCCGAUCAAUGGACGACUUUUUUUUCGUGACAGAGAACAAAGACACUGCUGAAGGUUUCCUGAAGUGCUUCAACGAUAGCUUCAAGAAGUACGGCCUGUGGGCAAAUUCGUCCAAGAUAGAAACGAACCUUGCGAGCGACAGUUCCACGCCUCAACGCUUCGCUCAUUACUGUGGGUUCGCGUUCGACAGUGAGACUCUGGAAGUGUUUCAGGAUUUCGACAGCAAGUUAGAACCCUUAUACUGCGUAGGGCAUCGCAAUGCUCAACAAGGGUUAGGACUCUUGAAGUUCUUGGAGCCGUACAGCUUAGCCUUCUCUCCUCUGGAGUUAGACACGACGGUUAAUUCCGGUCCGCGGGUGCAGGAGAGUGUGACGCGACGCGUGGCCGAAAUGGCAGACCGCUUCUUCUGCGCAGUCAAGCAAAUGAAGUUUGUCAACGAAUUCUACGUUUCGAGGGUUCUUGUGGGCAUGGUGGAGAGUUUCCUCGCUCAGAUGGCUGGGUUCAAAAACAGUGGCUUUGUGGAACUGAAUUUGGACCUGGAUGACCUUAGGUGUAUUUUCGUGUUUGUCUUCAAGAACAAGACGCCGAAAAUGUAUAAGGACGUGCUCUUUACUCUGAAGAAGCGUCUUCUGCAGAUGAAGAAGAAAAGUGGACACCACAGGGUGAAAGAACUUGAACGUUUCGCCCAUAGGUGCUUGCUGCGACGUGCUCAAAGAAGGAUUGUGAGCGAUUCCAGGGGGCAAUCUCCCCAAAACGGCUGUGAGCGAUCACCAGAGCCUUCCUGUAUUACUCUCAGUUCGUGUGAUUCUCUUGAAGUCAUUGAUUUGGAUUGAAAUGGUAAACUCGAACCAGAUCCAAUACUGGCUCUCAAAAGCUUGAAAUGUCUCCUUUUACAGCGCGUUCAGGAAUCUAUCGUCGCAUGUUAAAACACAGUGCAAUACACAAACUUAGUCCACGCUAUGUGUUUCGUAUGUUAACGCAUUGCUUUGUAAUGUGCGCACUGCCCACAGCUCUACUGUAAUUUAAGUUGAUGCUCGUUAUUUCCUGUUCCGUAAAUAAAUUAUGUUCCGCACUGGAAACCUA